CACAGCUGCAGUUGUCAGUGAGUGAUCGGUGUGUGCAGAUCGGGGAUAACGAAACGGUCGCGAGAAUUUAAAAACUUAAAUUAACUGCCUGGACGAAUUUAAAAGCGAAAUAUAAGAGUGAAAGUAGAUUUUGGUCUUAAAUUGAAAUUUGAUAAAAUGUUUAAAAAAUUUAUAACACGGCAAUGCUUUAAGGUUUCUGUGGCGAUACCCUUAUUUGUGAUGUAUUUUAUUGUGUCCAGCUCGGCCGCUACCACAUCUCUUGACCGUAAUGCCUACACCAUCUACUACAACAAUAAGCCAGCGAACAAAGAAGGUGACUACAAAUACGACUUUCAAACAUCAAAUGGCAUUACAGUUAAGGGAGCGGGUAAUGCCAAUGGUGCGGUUGGUGUUGUCCAAUAUGUUUCGCCGGAAGGUUUGCCCAUUACCUGGACAUAUGUGGCUGACAGCGAGGGCUAUCAUCCAGAAGGAGAACACAUACCAAUUAGACCAGAGUAUGUGGAGAAAGCCUUGGAGUACAUACGCACCCAUCCCACAGUCGAUGAAAAGAAGUCUCGCAGUCUGUGAUCUGUAUCAGUACUCACCAUGAUCAUCCCAUCUCUCUGAAUCUUCCCCCCAUUUGUGUACAAUUUGUAUAUAUUGUAGUAAUAGUAGUAUUAGUUUAAUGAUGUAUUGAAAUAGUAAUAGUUAGGAGGAGCCCCAUUAAGCUAACGAUGCGAAAAUGUCCUUUUAUAUUAAACGAUUAUUGUUUGUGAUCACACAGGAAUUUCUUUUACAUACCCAGGGUACUUAAGGCUUGAUCACCAGUAUUGGAAAUCAACAAAAAUUUCUAUUUAUUGAAGAAAUAGCUCUAAAAUGGGAAAUUUAUGUGUUCAUACUCCUUUACUGAAAGGGCUAAAUGUAGUGAACUUUGCUCAUUUGGAAGGGACUUGGAUCC